UGAUUGCCGUUUAGUAAAAGCCACCUGCAAUGCUCGAGGUGAUCCGCACUACUCCACAUUUGAUGGAAAACUCUUUGAUUUCAUGGGAAAAUGCGAAUAUGUUCUUGCUAAGGACAGUGUGAACAACACAUUUGAAAUAAGACAAGUGAAUGAAGAAUGUGGAAAUGGUGAACCUUCCUGUACAAAAUCACUGACAGUGAUGUUCCCAAAUGUGACAAUUCAACUUCUGCGGGGAAGUGUGACAGCGAAUGGCAUGACAAUCUCAUUAUCAACAAUGUAUAUGGCCAACGGAGUGAAGAUAUCCCAACCCAGAAGUGGCAUUACGUUGGUCGAAAGCGAUUACGGUGUCGAAGUUGAGUGGAACAACGUUCAUAAUGUGAGAGUGACAGUGUUUGGUCGGUACCUGAACCGAACAUCUGGUUUAUGUGGAACAUACAAUCGAUAUCGCGGAGAUGAUUCUUGA